GUGAAUGGCUGAUUCGAUUUUUCUUGCAAACAUGGCGGCUGCUGCUACUACGGUGGUUCCUGUAGAAGUAGUGAAUAAUAAUGGAAAUCGCACGAAUUUGGAGAAAAUUGAAAGCUUUUUGAAUGAAUCUGUGUACAAGGAAAUCUUGGAGAGUUCCGCGAACUAUAACACAAGACUAUGCAUAGAGAGGAGAAUGCGAUUACCUUUCAUUGACGCCCAAACUGGUAUAGCUCAGAACCAUUCCUCCCUAUUCAUGAACCGACGACAGCGGCUGCCUGGGCUUUUCCCAGGACAAAUAUAUUCUUAUCCCCGUCAAAGAUGGAGGAAAAAGAGGAGGCAGUAUUUGACUAUGAAUGCAAGAGCUUUUGCCAGAGCAGCAGAUCAUUUGAUGGAGGGUGAGGUAGAUAUGCAUAGCAUUUCUCAAAUUGAGAACCCUGCUUUGCAGGAUACUGAUAGCAAAGAUAGCCAAUUACUGAAAGAUGAAGUUUCCAAGGAAUGGUUUUAUGAUGAAGCUGAUAUGUUGGAAAUGGAUGCUUAUGAUGAACCUGAUGCAGAUUCUGAUUUGGAUUAUGAGGAGACUUAUUCUAAAAGAAAAAGAGGAAGGAGAGGUGCUGGAAGGGGUCGUACUGGUACAGACUCUCCUAGCACCCCUGGAAGGAAAAAAGGAGCAUCAGGAGGUGGUAGGGGAAGGAAAAAGGCUGGUCAUAGCUUUGAUCCCACACCUGGGGAUCCUGAUAAGCCAUUUGCCUGUGAACUGUGCGGUGCGCGUUACAAGACCAGGCCCGGGCUGACUUACCACUACGGCCAUUCUCAUAAAGAGGGCGCUAGCGAUGAAAAUUCGCGCGACAGUAACGCUCCCACCCCCACCGCCCAACCGGGCGGUGCCAUCUGCCCGCCGACGGUGGGCGGCGGCCCAAUGCCGUCCGCCUUCCCCGGCCUGCAAACCCAGACGGGGCAGCCGGCCCCGCCCAUGGGCGGGCCCAUUGUGUCGGCACCGCCCAUGGGCGGAGGCGGAACGCUGUGCGCGUCGCCGCCCAACGCGGGGAUCGGGGGGGACCCUCAGAAUGGCAGCAGGCAGGAUCAAGGACAAGUGUACCAAGAUAGUUACGUUUCCUUUUUGAACCAGACACCCGGUUCGCAGUCACGUGGCCGCGGUCGCCCGCCCCCUAACACCACCGCUCCUCCUCCUGGCCUAGCCGCCCCUCCCUCCUCCCAACCCCCUUUCCCGCCCAUGGCGGUCCCGCCCCCCUCCCAAACUCCGCCCACGCUCCCGCCCAACUUGCCGCCGCUGCCCCUGCAAGCCCCUCUCCCCGAAGAUACGCCCAUGCCGGUGCUGGUGCCUGAAAAUGGGCUGGACGUUGCCCCGCCCAACUUGGCGCCGCCCAUGGGUGGGCCUCCCGACCUGCCGGGUCCCUCCUCCGGAGCGCAGGAGGGGCCUAAGAAGCCCUCGCCUAGCCCCUAUUGCGAUUUCUGUUUGGGUGACGAGCGAGUGAAUAAGAAAACGGGUAUUCAGGAGGAGCUGGUUUCCUGUUCGGACUGCGGCAGAUCAGGUCAUCCCACCUGUUUGCAGUUCACGGACAAUAUGAAGAUAUCUGUCAAAAAAUAUCGCUGGCAGUGUAUUGAAUGCAAAUGCUGUUCCAUGUGUGGGAAUUCUGAUAAUGAUGACCAGCUACUUUUUUGUGACGAUUGCGAUCGCGGGUAUCACAUGUAUUGCCUGAAUCCACCUCUGGUAAAUCCACCAGAGGGUUCUUGGUCUUGUAAAUUAUGCAUUGAUGAAUUCCACAAGUAAUUCUCAAAGAGUACAUUCAGAUCGGUGGCAGUUUGUUUUAUUUUAAAAGUAAAUAUAAUUUUGUAUUAUUGAACCAUUAAAUCAAGAUUGAUUGGAAUCAUUGCAUAUUGUGAUUCAUAAUCUAUACAGUGUGUGAAGUGCAGAAUGUUUUUUCGCUUCUCAAAGAGAAAUUCUUUGGAUUCAAUUUUUUGUUGAGAAAUAAGGAAAGCAUUUUUAAAAUAAUUCCAGAUGGGAUAACAUGUGGGGAACAAUUAUUGAUGGAGAUUCAAAUUAUUUAGGAAUCACGUCGUAAUUGAUCAAAUUCUGUUUAUUGAUAUAGGAAAAAUAAAUUUUCAUAACAGGAAUAUAUACUGUCUGGAAUAUGUAAUUUAUCAAAUUGUAUUAAGCAAUAAUUUCAAUCAAUGAUUGUAAUUUGUAAAAAUUCAUUACUUAGUUUUGAGUAGAUAUAGCUAUAGGUAAUUAUGGUGUAGGUACUGCACUAGAUACUUAAUGAAAUUUAGUACUUAACUCAUUCAAAUAUCUGAAGUAAUUAUAUUGCAGUUGAAUUUUUUUCACCAGUUCGUAUUUAAAUAAUUCCCCCACUAUUAUUCGUUCAGGAUUUUCUAAAUUGAUGCUUCAGUUUUGAGAUUUUGAAAAAUAUAAACCUGCUAUCUAUGAUGUAUUACAAUUUGCUCACAAAAAUAUAACAUAUUAACAU